AUGGCGAAUCGUAGUUACAUUGAAGUAAUUGUUUUGUGUGUAUUAACAAUUAUAGUGAAAGAAGGAUUAGCAGGGGAGGGUGAAUUCCGUCUCGACUACACGUACAGUCCUGAAGCCAAUGGAUGGAUCAAAUUCCACGGAGUGCCGGCUACCUGGUUCGAGGCAAGACUCAAGUGCUACUAUGAAGGCGCUGUACUGAUGUCACCUAUCAACUACCAGCUGUACUCGGCUAUGAAGAGUCUGAUGUUAUCGCGCAAUAAUGCCUCCUUCACAGGCGUAAACUCACUCACCCACACAGGCGACUACAAGUCUAUCGAAGGUAUCAACUUCUUAGAUAUGCCUAUACAAUGGGCAAAGGGGGAGCCCGACAAUCUGGAUGAUAACGAGCGGUGCCUCGCCAUACUGCCGGAUGGAUCCAUAGCUGACGUCAAAUGCGAGGAGGUGCGCACAUACAUGUGCUAUAAGGAAAGAUUCGGCAAUGAGACCAUCACCGAGUGUGGCACUUCUGACAAAGAGUAUAAAUUUGACCAUCGCACCGGCAGCUGCUACAAAUUCCACCCUGAAUGUGUGACGUGGUGGCGCGCGUACAUGGCCUGCUCCUCAGAGGGUGGACACCUAGUCAUCGUGAACAAUGAGACUGAGGCGAACGUACUUUAUGAGAGGUACUCCAAAUCAAAGAUCUACUGCCGCGAUGAAAGAUUCAUUCACAUCGGAUUCCUGAUGCAGAUCCGGCCGUACUGGUUCACAGUUGAUUUACAUGAAGCAGGUUAUGACCACUGGGCACCGAACGAACCGAACAACGUGGCUAAUCGCGAGUCGUGUGGCGCCCUCUACAGGAACAAUAACGGCUUAAACGAUUGGUCCUGCGACGGUAUCUUACCAUUCGUCUGUGAACUAUCUAAUGUUAAAGAAAGGAAGCAAUUGUAUAAUAAAUUGUAA